AUGCGCCCCGGUUCUUCCCAUUCCCGAGGAGGGAAGGAGCGAGUGCGCAUUGUGGGCACGCCUGGAGUGCGUGCCCACCAUUCUGGCACCUCUUCUGGGCGCACUGACCCCCAACUCACCCUGGAAGGUUGUGGUCCAGCAGCAAGGGAGCUGGUGCCUGGGAUUCUGCCCAAGCCCCCAUUGCUCCUGGCAGAAUCUGAUAGGGCCCAGCCUGGAAUGCCAGGGGUAGAGGCCCCACUGUGCAGGCCCCGGGUCCACUGCUGCAGGGCAGCGCCUGAUGGAAAGGAACCAGUCCUGGAGCUUCUGGGGAUCCAGCAAGUCUUGACCAUCUGGCGGACGAGCGAGGAGGAGGUGACCACGGAAGACUUGGCCUUCACCUCUGGGGAGAGAGAUAAGCUUCUUCAAGACUUUCCCCUUCCCCAAAACAAGAGAAUGGAGGAUGAGGAGGAAAUGAUUGCUGGGCUUGUCACGGCCAGGGCUCAGGAAUCGGUGUCAUUCAGGGAUGUUGCCAUACACUUCACCCAGGAGGAAUGGAGCCAUCUUCAUCCAGCUCAGAAGGACCUGUACCGGCGUGUGAUGCAGGAGAACUAUGAGAACCUCGUCUCACUGGGGCUUCCCGUUUCUAAACUGGAUGUGCUUUCCCUGUUGGAGAGAGGAAAUGCAUCAUGGAAACCAGAAGGAGAAGAAAGCCCACAAGGCUCUUGUCCAGAUUUCCUUAGUGAUAUCUGGUUUGAAACCCUCGACCCAAGUCUGAUACAAGACACUUACAUAGGAAUAUCAUCUGAGAAAAGACUGCCAAAGAAUAGUCCCUGGCUAUCCAAGAAGAGAGAAGCUGAAGGAUAUGACGUCAAUUCAGAGGAAGGAAAGAAGAGCUGGGAGAGACCAUCCAGACAAGCAACAAGCACUCACAGAACAACUUUUAAGAAAGGGAGUGUGCCACAGUGUAAUGCACUUGGGAGGCCUUUUCAUUUGGGAUCAGACUUCGAUGCACUAUGGAAAGAAACUGUAGGGGGAUGUAUCCAUAAAUACAUGACACUUGAAAAGAGCUUCAGAGAUUUUUCAGACCUAAUUCCAUGUAAUAUACUCCCUUUAGGGAAGAACCUUUCUAAGUAUAAAAAAUGGAAGAAGCCCUUCAACUACCAUUCAGACCUAAUUAAAUUUCGUAGAACACAUACUGGAGAAAAGCUGCAAGAACACUACGAAUGUGGUGAAGCCUUUCCCAGAAGAUCAGAUCUUGUUGGAGAACAGACAUUUCAUACUGGCAAGAAACAUGACCAAUGUAAUAAAUAUGGGAAAACCUUGAGCCAUAGGGGAAGCUUGACUAAACAUAAGAGGACUUAUGUUGGAGUGAAGCCCUUUCAGUGUAAUGAAUGUAGAAAAGCCUUCAGUCAGAGGGGACAACUCAUUUAUCAUCAGAGAACUCAUACUGGAGAGAAACCCUUUGAAUGUACUGAAUGUGGGAAGGCCUUCAGCCGGAGGGCAAACCUUAUUAGACAUCAAAGAACUCAUACGGGAGUCAAACCCUUUGAAUGUAAUGAUUGUCAGAAAGCCUUUAGCCAGAGAGGACACCUCAUUUACCAUCAGAGAAUUCAUACUGGAGAGAAACCCUUUGAAUGUAGGGAAUGUGGGAAAGGCUUCAGCCGGAGGGCUAUCCUUAUUACCCAUCUGAGAACUCAUACUGGAGAGAGACCCUUUGUAUGUAAUCAGUGUGAGAAAGCAUUCAGUGAAAGGGCAAGCCUAAUUACCCAUCAAAGAAUUCAUACUGGAGAGAAACCUUUUGCAUGUAAUGAAUGUGGGAAAGGCUUCAGUAGAAGAGGACAUCUUAUUACCCAUCAGAGAAGUCACAGUGGAGUGAAACCUUUUGCAUGUAAUGAAUGUGGGAAAGCCUUCAGUGAAAGGAGAGACCUUAUUACUCAUCAAAGAACUCAUACUGGAGUGAAACCCUUUGAAUGUAAUGAAUGUAGGAAAGCCUUCAGUCAGAGGGGACACCUCAUUUAUCAUCAAAGAAUUCAUACUGGAGAGAAACCCUUUGAGUGUAGUAAAUGUGGCAAAGGCUUCAGCCAGAAGGGACACCUUAUUAGACAUCAGAGAACACAUACUGAAGUGAAACUUUUAGAAUGCAAUGACAGAGGGAAAGCUUUUGGUGAGAGGACAAACCUCAUUUGUCAUCAGAAAAUUCAGACUGGGGAGGGGAUGCCUUAUUAAACAUUAGGAAACUCAUAAGGAGAUGAAACAUUCUGAAUGUAGCCAGUUCUUUCACCAAGAACAUAUUCUGCCAUAAUUGAUGCCUGUUGAUUGGGGGAUAGCUAAAUAAAUUUUGGUACCUAAA